GUUCUCCGUCCGAGAAACAAAAUCCUCCGCGCAGUCAAGUCAGGCCACUUUCCCUUGCCCUCUCCUCCAUCCCCAUCAAUUGAAUAAAAAUCGAAAUAAUGGCUUCCUCAAUUCGACCGGCGAGCCGCAUUCUCGCGCGUGCCUCGCGCGCUUCCCCGUUCUCGCUCGAGUCCACGACCUUGAAUCGGACCCUUGCACGGACGACCGUGAACACCCAAACAGCCGCUGCCUGCACAUUGAACAAUGGCACCACCACCACCAUCGCGCACCGCGCCUUCUCGACCUCGCGGGCCCACCUCAAGAAAUCCCCGACGAUGGGCCAGCUGAAGGCGCGCAACUCGACGGGCCCGUUCUCGUGGAAGUCGGCGCUGCUGUUCGUGCUGACGGGCGGCGGCAUGAUCAUCUAUUUCCGGGUGGAGAAGGAGCGGCUGGAGCGCAAGCGCAUCGCGGAGAUGAGCAAGGGGGUGGGCAAGCCCAAGGUCGGGGGGCCCUUCACGCUGAAGGAUCUGGAUGGGAAGGAGUUCACGGCCGAGGAUCUGAAGGGGAAGUAUAGUUUUGUCUACUUCGGAUUCACCCACUGCCCGGAUAUCUGCCCGGACGAGCUGGACAAGAUGGCCGAGAUCAUCGACAAGGUCAACGAGGCCACCGGCGGCGAGAAGAUCUUCUUGCCCGUGUUUAUUACCUGUGACCCCGUCCGCGACACGCCCGAGGUGCUGCGCGAGUAUUUGAAGGAGUUCCACCCGGGCAUCAUCGGGUUGACGGGCACGUACGACCAGGUGCGCAAUGUGUGCAAGCAGUAUCGCGUGUACUUCAGUACUCCGCGGGAUAUCAAGCCGGGAGAGGAUUAUUUGGUGGACCAUAGUAUUUACUUUUACCUUAUGGACCCGGAUAACGACUUUGUGGAGUGUAUCGGACGGCAGGACACGCCCGAGUCCGCCACGCGGACUAUUAUGGAGCACAUCAACGACUGGAAGCGCGAGGGCAAGCCCUUGAGGAAGGAUUAGAUUCGUGGCUGUUUGAUUUAGGGGGGCCAAUAUGUUGUACAAUAUAAUACCCUACUCUGUAAAAUGUGAAGAAACUGAAAUGUUCGUGUGGC